AGGGGGUGAAACAGUUGAUAACUUUAGGGUUAUAUUCUCCUAACCUUUAUCUGUAGCCAUAAACAAAUAGUCAUGUAGAUAGCAGGAACAUACAUCAUCUUGAAUCCAGCAGUUGAGCAGUCCACCUCCAGACGAUGACCAUGAAGAUCCGUGUGAAGCAAACUUGUUUUUUAAUGUUUGUUUUAUCCCUCUGCGCUUCUGCAGAUCUCCACGCACCGCAAGUCCACACUAAGCUCGGGAGCCUGAGAGGAGAGUAUCUCAGCGUAAAAGGCAAGGAGACCGGGGUCCACGCCUACCUGGGCAUCCCGUUUGCCAAGCCUCCCCUGGGCCCCUCCCUUAGACUGGCUGCACCUCAGCCUGCAGAAGGAUGGGAAGGAGUGAGAGAUGCCACCAAGCAGCCACCCAUAUGCAUUCAAAGUAGAGAGAUUUUAUUGGAUUUAGCUGAAAAAUUUGGUGAGUCGUUGAUGGAGCUCCCAGACACUUCAGAAGACUGUCUUUACCUCAACAUUUACACUCCUGCAGGCAAAGCUCCUGACGCCAAGCUCCCUGUCAUGGUGUGGAUCCAUGGUGGUGGCUUUGCUUUGGGGUCUGCUUCAACGUAUGAUGGCUCUGCCAUGGCUGCCUACCAGGAUGUAGUUGUGGUUCUGAUCCAGUACAGAUUGGGCAUUUUGGGCUUCUUCAGUACUGGAGAUGAGCACGUCUCUGGGAACUUUGGCCUGCUGGACCAGAUUGAAGCUCUGAGGUGGAUCAAAGAGCACAUUCACAACUUUGGAGGAGACUCAGAUUUAGUAACUAUAUUUGGGGAGUCUGCUGGUGGAAUGAGUGUAUCCCUUCUGCUUCUCUCACCAUUAUCUGAUGGUCUAUUCCACCGUGGUAUUGCUGAGAGUGGUACUGCUGCAAUGGACUCAAUUGUGGGAGGUGAUCCUGUACCAGUGAUGCAGAUGGUUGCAAAUGCAUCAGGCUGCAGCCUUGAAAGCACAGAGAAGAUUGGUGAAUGCAUGAGAAGCCUGGAUAUUGAUACCAUAAAGACAUUUACAACUGAUCCUAGUGUGAGAACCAUUGUAACUGUUGAUGGACACUUCUUGAGAAAACCUGUACGUGAGCUGUUCGAUAAACACGAGCUCCUCACUGUGCCAUUCAUGACGGGCAUCAAUAAUCACGAAGGAGGAUGGUUGCUUCCUAGUUAUUUAGCUCCUCAAAACUGGACUGAAGGAAUGGACCGGGAACAUUUUGUGAACUUUAUAUCCAUGUUCUACCCUGAUCCCAAAGAUGCAUUUACCAGAGAUUUGAUUGCAAAUGAAUAUGUUGGAACUGGAGAAGACAGAGUGAGAAACAGAGAUGGAUUCACUGAGGUGAUUGGAGAUAUGUUUUUUACCAUUCCAGCCAUUGAAGCUGCAAAUGCUCACAGAGAUGCAGGCGCCCCUGUGUACUUGUACGAGUACCAGUAUCCUCCCAAAACUCUGCAGAAAAUAAGACCGAGCUUUGUUAGAAGUGACCAUGGCGACGAGAUCUUUACGGUGCUGGGAUGGUGUUUCACAACUUCCCAUGUGACAUUUUCUGACGGAUGCUCUGAAGAGGAGGAAAAGUUCAGCAGAACCAUGAUGAGCUACUGGGCCAACUUUGCUCGUACUGGGUCUCCCAAUGGGGAUGGACUUGUACACUGGCCAAAGUAUGGGACAGAGGAAGAAUACCAGAUCAUUGAUUUAAAGGAGCAGAUAACAGGUCGGCACCUGAAGAAAGACAAGUUUGUAUUUAUGACUCAGAUCCUCCCUGAAAAGAUCAAACUACAUGAAGAGAGCGAGGAGCGCAGCGAGUUGUUCAGCGUCUCAGCAAUCAAGUCCAGCCGAGUCUCACGGCAGAAACAGCACAUCUCAGGAAUAUUAUCAGCUGAUGAGUCCCACAUCCAUCCAGGCGAUGUGACGGGGACGCUAUGGAUCCUCCGCCGCCGCCGCCUGCGCGGCGCCGGCCCGCGUGUGUCGGCUCACAGCCCCGCCAGCCAGAGCCCGAGGGGACCUCUCCUGCGUCGUUCUCGGCUGAGAGUUGAGGAAAUCCUCCGCUUCUCUGGGGUUGUUGAAGACACGAUAAUCCGAACCAUCCUUGACUUUGAGGGUCGCUGGAUAGAGGAGGAAAAAUUCAACCCCUCUCUCGCGCGCGGUGUCCAUCGCCUGGGUGAAAGCCUGACGCCGCUUGACUGUGUGAUUACUAUAAUCGGCGGCAAAUCUCACUCUCCUGCCGUCAAUGGUGACCGGGUCUUUCCUCGCCGCCCGGAGAAUAUCCUGCCGUGUCGUGUAGCGGAGUACGUUGAAGAUGAGAGUGCGGGGCCGGUCUCCUGCAGGACGUCCAUUGUAUAUGCGGUGGGCCCGCAUGAUCUCCGGUUGCCCAGGCUGAAGAGACGGGAACCACUUCGGGAGUGUGCGGUUCAGCGUCUAUUCCUGUCCUCCAUGUCCGCCAUCUUGAGUUCCAGUGCGCCCAGCGCCGCCUCGUGGUUUGCAACCGUCCUCGAGUUAUCAUUGACGGUGCUUUUCAGAGUCAAAAACGGGGAGACGACCAUGGAGAUCCGUGUGAAGCAAACGUGCUUUCUAAUGUUUGUUUCAUCCCUCUGCGCUUCUGCAGAUCUCCACGCACCGCAAGUCCACACUAAGCUUGGGAGCCUGAGAGGAGAGUAUGUCAGCGUAAAAGGCAAGGAGACCGGGGUCCACGCCUACCUGGGCAUCCCGUUUGCCAAGCCUCCCCUGGGCCCCUCCCUUAGACUGACUGCACCUCAGCCUGCAGAAGGAUGGGAAGGAGUGAGAGAUGCCACCAAGCAGCCACCCAUAUGCAUUCAAAGUAGAGAGAUUUUAUUGGAUUUAGCUGAAAAAAUUGGUGAGUCGUUGAUGGAGCUCCCAGACACUUCAGAAGACUGUCUUUACCUCAACAUUUACACUCCUGCGGGCAAAGCUCCUGACGCCAAGCUCCCUGUCAUGGUGUGGAUCCAUGGUGGUGGCUUUGCUUCGGGGUCUGCUUCAAUGUAUGAUGGCUCUGCCAUGGCUGCCUACCAGGAUGUAGUUGUGGUUCUGAUCCAGUACAGAUUGGGCAUUUUGGGCUUCUUCAGUACUGGAGAUGAGCACGUCUCUGGGAACUUUGGCCUGCUGGACCAGAUUGAAGCUCUGAGGUGGAUCAAAGAGCACAUUCACAACUUUGGAGGAGACCCAGAUUUAGUAACUAUAUUUGGGGAGUCUGCUGGCGGAUCUAGUGUAUCCCUUCUGCUUCUCUCACCAUUAUCUGAUGGUCUAUUCCACCGUGGUAUUGCUGAGAGUGGUACUGCUGCAAUAACACCGCUUGUGGGAGGUGAUCCUGUACCAGUGAUGCAGAUGGUUGCAAAUGCAUCAGGCUGCAGCCUUGAAAGCACAGAGAAGAUUGGUAAAUGCAUGAGAAGCCUGGAUAUUGAUACCAUAAAGACAUUUACAAGUGAUCCUAGUGUGAGAACCAUUGUAACUAUUGAUGGACACUUCUUGAGAAAACCUGUACGUGAGCUGUUCGAUAAACACGAGCUCCUCACUGUGCCAUUCAUGACAGGCAUCAAUAAUCACGAAGGAGGAUGGUUGAUUCCUAGUUAUUUUGCUCCUCCAAACUGGACUGAAGGAAUGGACCGGGAACAUUUUAUGAACUUUAUAUUCAUGUUCUACCCUGAUCCCAAAGAUGCAUUAACCAGAGAUUUGAUUGCAAAUGAAUAUAUUGGAACUGGAGAAGACAGAGUGAGAAUCAGAGAUGGAUUCACUGAGAUGAUUGGAGAUAUGUUGUUUAACAUUCCAGCCAUUGAAGUUGCAAAUGCUCACAGAGAUGCAGGCGCCCCUGUGUACUUGUACGAGUACCAGUAUCCUCCCCAAGCUCUGCAGAAAAAAAGACCAAGCUUUGUUAGAAGUGACCAUGGCGAUGAGAUCUUUACGGUGCUGGGAUGGUGUUUCACGACUUCCCAUGUGACAUUUUCUGAUGGAUGCUCUGAAGAGGAGGAAAAGUUCAGCAGAACCAUGAUGAGCUACUGGGGCAACUUUGCUCGUACUGGGUCUCCCAAUGGGGAUGGACUUGUACACUGGCCAAAGUAUGGGACAGAGGAAGAAUACCAGAUCAUUGAUUUGAAGGAGCAGGUAACAGGUCGGCACCUGAAGAAAGACAAGUUUGUAUUUUUGACUCAGAUCCUCCCUGAAAAGAUCAAACAACAUGAAGAGAGCGCGGAGCGCAGCGAGUUGUAGAGAUGUAGAGCAGCCACAUCUUACCAUGGCCCUGAAAUGAAUGAGCUCUGAAAAAGAUUAUCUUACAUGAGUCUCUAACACUUGCAUCUGAAUGUAAAACACACUCAAACUCUUGUAAAUAAAUAAAUAAAAAUUGAUGUGAUAAAAGGA